GAUCUCCUCAGCUGGUGGUGCUUCAGUGAAGUUUGCUGCAGCUGUCUAAUCAAAGCCAAAUCCAGAGAUGUUUCGGAGCCUGCUUCUCACCAUCGUGUGUGGAUAUGCAUCGGCCAUUCUCAGUUCAGAACUGGAUCGACACUGGGUGUUAUGGAAGAAGAUUCAUCAAAAAGUCUAUGAACACGAGAUUGAGGAGCUGGGGCGCAGGCGGAUCUGGGAAUCCAACUUGGAAAUGAUUAAUGUACACAACCUGGAAACCUCCCUGGGCCUGCACUCCUAUGAGCUGGCCAUGAACCACUUGGGGGACCUGACCACUGAGGAGGUCUUAGGCACUCUGAUGGGCACCGUCGUGCCCUCUGACCUGACCAGGGGUCCUCCCGACUCUUUCGCGGUCAACGUCUCUCUACCGCCAACACUGGACUGGAGGAAAGAAGGCCUGGUAACUGAGGUCAAACAGCAGGGUUCAUGUGGCUCUUGUUGGGCCUUCAGCGCAGUUGGAGCUCUUGAAGGGCAACUUAAGAAGAAAAACGGCACCCUGACGUCCCUCAGUCCUCAGAAUCUGGUGGAUUGCUCCCUUGUGUACGGAAACAGUGGGUGCCACGGUGGCUUCAUGGCAAACGCCUUCCAAUACGUCAUUCAAAACAAAGGCAUAAAUUCAGAAGCAUCUUACCCCUACGUUGGCCGGCGUGGUAAUUGCAAGUAUAGCCCAAAGUACCGCAUCGCCAACUGCUCAAGCUACGCCUUUAUCGCAAAGGGCGAUGAGUUUGCAUUGAAGGCAGCUCUAGCUAAAAUUGGCCCUAUCUCUGUAGCAAUCGAUGCCUCCAGGCACAAGUUUGUCUUUUACCGUCAUGGAGUGUACAGGGACCACAGCUGCACCCACAACGUGAACCAUGGCGUGCUGGCUGUGGGCUACGGCACCGAGAAUGGAGACGACUACUGGCUGGUCAAGAAUAGCUGGGGUGUAACCUAUGGAGAGGAAGGCUACAUCAAGAUGGCUCGAAACAGACGUAACCAGUGUGGGAUUGCUCUCUACGCUUGUUACCCCAUCAUGUGAUCAGCAGAUGGCCUGAUAUUUAAAUGUAUGUUUUUCCACGGGAGUUUUAAUUUAAUAAACAGUUUGAUCCUUAA